AUGGUGACGUUUGUGAUCGAACUGACCAGCGAGCGAGCGAGCGCAGGAGACGCCGUCAAGGCGGUUCUUUGUACUAUAUUUUUCCAGCGAAUGUUCGGCAGUAUAGAGCCGAGCCAGGGCCAAGCCAAUGGCGUAUCGUACCCGUUUGUGGACCAUGCAGAGACGAUGGCGAUUCUGAACGAGCGAGUACGUGAUUUCGAAGUGGCCCUGCGGGACCAGACCAGAGCAGUGCUCACAGUGCAAUUCCAAGACCACAAGGUGAAAAAGGCCACUUGGUUCGCCAAGACACAGGACGUUUCCUGGGAGGAGUGGCGGGUCGAAGUCCAGUUGGAUCCUAAUGCAGACACCACUGCUUCGCUGCAGCGAGCGCUCUUCAAGGUGCUGCAGACGGCCGAGACUCAGCGUGAGCAUAUUCCACCCAUCACGACCCGCGACAUUGCUCCGUUUCCUUACGAGGUUCUAAUUGAUGCAUAA